AGUAAGCAUCUAUCUGCUGCUUUAAGUGUUCUUUGUCUUUCUGAUCCCUCUCUUGUUUUGAAAUCAGACUUGGUGUGUUGGUGGAUGAAUUGAGACACCUUACUAGCUCUGUCCAAACAAAUCUUCAAGCUUGUUAGAGAUUUAUAUAUGUCUCUCUGAUCGGAUCCAUUUCUUGGUGUGUUGGUGGAAUUAAGGCGCAUUACUAGCGCGGUCCAAACAAAUCUUUAAGCUUGCUAGAGACUCUGUGUUAGUGGACGAAUUGAGACACCGUACUAGCUCCGUCGAAACAAAUCUUCAAGCUUGUUAGAGGGAAAAAAAGGUUGAAAAUGGAAGUCAUUAAUACUGUGGUGGGAAAGAUGGUAGAGGUACUUACAGACCGCUUUUUGGCAUCCAUGGGCCGCCGAAUUGGUUAUGUGGUUCACUACAAGAAAAAUAUUGAUGAUCUCGAUGCUCAAGUUCAGAAUCUUAGAGGUGUGAAGGAGAGGAUUGAAGGAAAAGUUGAAACAGCCAAGAACAAUGGAGAAGUCAUUGAGAAAGAUGUUUUGAAUUGGCUAACGGAGGUGAAUAAAAAGGAGGAAGACCUGAACAGAUUAUUGGCAAACAAUGAAAACAUCAAGUCAUGUUUUGAUGUUCGUUCAAGGUAUCGGCUUGGUAAGGAAGGUAAAAAGAAGUUGACUGAUGUUUUGGGGCUAAUAGAGCAAGCCAGCAAGUUUGAUACUGUUGGACGCCCUGCUCCUCUGGAUGAUAUUUGGUACACAGCUACCACAAAAUUUGAGCAGUUUGAAUCCAGAGAAUCCGUUCGUAAACAGAUCAUACAGGCGUUGAAAAAUGAUAUGAUUUACAAAAUCGGAAUACAUGGCAUGGGAGGUAGUGGGAAGACGAGAAUGGCAGAAGAAAUUGCCAAACAUGCUAAAACAGAGAAGCUUUUUGAUAAGGUCGCCAAGGCAGUCUUCUCCCAAAAACCAGAUUUGAAAGGAAUUCAAGAAGAGCUUGCAGACUGUUUAGAACUUUCAUUCAAAAAAAAUACUGAAGGUGGGAGAAAAGGGGAGCUGUGCAACAGAUUAAAAAAUGGGGAAAAAAUCCUUAUAAUAAUUGAUGACAUUUGGAAUGACGAAAUUAACCUAGAGGAAAUAGGAAUCCCAUCUAGCGAUAAUCAUAUCAAAGUUUUGCUAACCUCUAGGGAAGAAGAUGUGUUCAGUCGGAUGGGGGUUCAAGAAAACAUCCCAAUUGGGCUUCUACAGGAACGUGAAGCAUGGUACCUGUUUAGGAAAACAGUUGGAGAUUUUAUUGAACCGUCUCAUGAAGUUUAUUCUGUUGCCGAAGAAGUGUGUAGAGAAUGUGGUUGUUUACCGUUGGCAAUACUUGUAGUUGGAGCAGCACUAAGGGAUCAGAAACAAAAGCAUACAUGGGAUGAUGCACUUGUACAAUUGAGAAAUUGCAGGGGAUAUAACAUAAAGGGAGUGACCAAGGAGUUGUAUUCACGGAUAAAGUGGAGCUUCGAGUAUCUAGAGCAUACAGAUGCUAGGUCAUGCCUUUUGCACUCUUCUUUGUUUCCAGAGGAUGCUGAGAUUCCGAUUGAUGACUUGAUGAUAUAUGGAGUGGGAAUGAGGUUUCUUAUGGACAACUCAUAUCCAAUGAAAACAGCAAGAGAUAGAACAAGUGUGUUGGUUGAUAACCUGAAGAAAUCUCAUUUGCUAUUAGAAGGUAAAAGCAAGGACUUUGUUAAAAUGCACGACAUCAUUCGAGAUGUUGCUAUCUCAAUUGCAUCAAAAGAAAAUGGAUUUCUAGCAAAAACAGAUGUCCGAAAGUGGCCAGAGAGAGAUGAAUAUGAAUCCUGCAGGGUAAUCUCAUUGAGGUCCGAACAAAUUUGUGACCUUCCUUGUGAGUUACAAUGUGCAGAAUUACACACCUUGGUAUUGGAAUGCAACACCGAUAGUAAACCUCAAGUUCCAGAUAAUUUUUUUAAAGGCAUGGAAAAGCUAGAAGUUUUAGAUUUGCGUUCUGUGCAGCUGCCAUCAUCACCUUUAAAUUUGAUCAGCCUUCGGAUGUUGCGACUCUAUGACUGUGAACUGCAGAACCUAGCUUUUCUCAAGGAACUAAGAAAUCUUUUGAUACUAAGCAUUGUUGAUUAUGAUCUGAAAGAGGUGGCUGUGGAAGUAGGACAAUUGAUUAACUUGCAGUGGUUGGAUUUAAGGGAAUGUAAAAACCUCAAGAUCAUUCCAUCAGGUGUCAUAAAAAGUCUAUCCAAAAUUGAAGAACUGUACAUUCCACAUGAUUUUGGGGAAUGGGGGGUUGAAGGGAAUGCAAGGCUUGAUGAACUUAAUUCAUUGACAGGCUUAACCACUUUACAAAUUCACAUAGGAGAUGGCAUGCUACUGCCCAAUGAGCUCUGCUUUAAGUCCUUGAACAGAUUCAAAAUAUCGAUUGGGAGGACAAGGGGUUUUCCGUAUUAUGAAAAACACUUCGGAGCAGGGAUCUUGAAACUUGAUGAUAUUAGUUUGAGGAAGGAGUUCAAUAUUUUGAUGGAGAAAGCUGAAGUGCUUCUUUUUGAAAGAGUGGAAGGUGUAAAGAAUGUGCUUCACUAUGGAGACGGAAAAGGGUUUCUUAACUUGAAAUAUCUUCGAAUUAAGGACUGCAGUGACAUGGAAUAUCUACUUGGUAGACCAAAAUGGAAUGUACGAACUCAGGGUUCUUUUUGCAAAUUAAGUGUGCUAAUAGUUGAAGGUUAUACGUUGAAAUUUUUGUUUUAUCCAUCCACGGCAAGAGCUCUUCUACAACUCCAAAAAUUAUAUAUAUCAAGAUGCGAAAUCAUGGAAGAAAUAAUUCUAGAUGAUGAUGGGGAAGUAAAGGAUAAAGUUAUUUUUUCUCAAUUAAAGGAAAUGAAGUUGAGGGAUCUGCCAAACCUUAGAAGCAUCUACUGCGCCAAUAGGAAGAAAACGUCAAGCACAGAGUGCAAUACUUCCGACCUUACACAAGCUUUAUUUAAUGAAAAGGUUUCAUUCCCUGCAUUGGAGGAACUACUAAUCGUAAAAUUGGAAAGCAUUACAUGGAUAUGGGAUAACCAAUUAUUCCUAACUUCAGAAGCAAAAGAAGAAUCAUCCUUCCAGCAGCUAAGGGAGAUAGUGAUAGCAAGUUGUCAGAAACUGGCGAAUGUGAUACCCUCUAAUAUUAUUCCAAGGUUACAGAAUCUAGAAAUGGUCAAAGUUGUAGGGUGUGAGUCGGUGGUGUCAGCAGUCGAAGUGCUUACUAUUGAAAAAGGGUUUGCAACAUCAAUGGAACUACCUCGGUUAAAAUCAAUGAUUCUUGAGUCAUUACCUAAGCUGAUGCUCAUAGGUUUGAACAUAAAGGAACAUUCUAAUCACAGACCUAACAUUGGUGCCUAUUCAAACCUUACAUCUCUUCACAUUGAAGACUGUCAUAGUUUGAGAAAUGUAUUCUCAUCAUCUAUAGCAAGAAAUCUUAAGCAGCUACAAGAUUUGACAGUAAUAAACUGUGUGCAUAUAGAAGAGAUAAUUGCAAUUAAAACAAGAGAAGGAAAAGAUGAGGUAGUGGAUGAGGAGAUCAUUGUUUUCCCUCGAUUAAAGGAAAUGGAUCUUACAAAUUUACCAAAUCUCAAAAGUUUCUGUGGGUCCAAGAAAGAAGCAAUGGAGGAUGACAACAUUCCCCAACUACAAUCCCUCUUCAAUUACAAGUUGGGCUCUAAUGGGCAAGCCUAA